CCCCUACAUCGUGAACCUGCUGGACGUCGCCGGACAGGUCGCGCUCUAUACUUUCAGCUCCAAAGCUAACGAAUGGGUGAGACUUCAAAACGCGUCGCCAUGUCAGCGCGCGCACGUCAGUUAGCCUGCAGCUGCUAAUAGCAACGCUAUCGCUCGGCGUCUGUCUAUGAUGGUCUGCAGUAUUAUUACCCGUUAUAUCAGCUCACCCGGAACAUACAGGGAAAAGACUGAGAUUGAAGGCACAUUGUUUGUGUAUGCCAGGUCGGCUUCUCCCCAUCAUGGCUUCACAAUUAUGAACCGUUUGAGUGCAGAAAACUUAGUGGAGCCGAUCAAUAAAGACCUGGAGUUCCAGCUCCAGGACCCUUUCCUACUGUACAGGAACGGCAACUUGGGCAUCUACAGUGUCUGGUUCUACGAUAAGGCCGACUGCCAGCGGAUUGCACAGCUCAUGCUGCAGAUAGUCAAACAGGAGGCGUUGCGAGCGUCUCCCGACAGAGGCCUGAGCGGCAGGACCAAUGGUUGUGUUCAGAGCAGACCCACAGAUAUCCUGGAGCUGCUCAGCAAGGCUAAAGAGGAGUAUCAAAGGAAUCAGUCAUUUGAGAGAGAUGUUCAGGUGAGCUCUGAAGCUACGCCGUCACAGGAGAAGAGAGAGGAGGUCACAGCCGCUCAACACGAGAAGUCCGGUCACUCAGUAGUGAAGCAGAUCACAGUGGAAGAGCUUUUUGGCAGUUCUAUACCCAAAGAAGCGCCCCAGUCAACAAGCUCCACUGUGGGAGAAAGCAUGCGUGGGCCUGCGUUUGUUCACUCGGUGGAGCCUCUCCUCGCUCCUCACCUCUCUGCUGACCCAGGAGGCACGGCGCUGGUCUCUCUCUUUCAGGGUUGUGGCACCCGAGACCCAAGACCGGCUGCUUCAAAUACGGAGGAGAGUGGGAGCAGGACCACCAGUCAGUCUGUGCGUCGAGGUUCGGCUGGUCCACUUCCUCCUGCGUAUAUGAAUCCUCCCACAGAUGGGCAUGGGCUGCCCGGGUUCAUGCCCAGCCCGCUGGUCACCCCACAGAGCUUCAGAGAAUCCGCCUGCAAAGGUCCAGGGCCCUUCACGGAAAAGGCUGCAUUGUCGGCACAGGUGAAUACACCGAGCAGUGUUUUCAUAAGUAAAGAGGCGAAUGCGUUUACACAGUCCUCGACUCUGGUCAAACCCAUUCCAGCGGGGCCAGCUGUCCAGGGGGAGGAGUCUUCACUGCUGCUGUCUCCUAGUGUGUUCCAGCAUUCUAUGACCAAGACAGCCGAGCCACUGAAGAACCCCGCCUCCCCGACGUCUCCCACAGCAGACCUGCCCUCUUCCCUGUACAAUCGCACCCAGCUUAAAGAUACACUCAUACAUCUCAUAAAGAAUGACACCCAUUUCCUCAGUGCAAUCCAUGAGGCCUACAUAGAGAGCCUCUCUAAAGGCCUCAACAACAUCAAGUUAUAGCCACAAACUGAGAAAACAAAACGUGCCAGCUGGAGCCGUUUCAGAUUCAGCGUGAAGCUUGACUACAUCCACUACAUUGACUACUGAUCGACUCACCCGGUGGCUCUUAUGCUGCCCUGACGAACAGCAGUUUCCCAGGCUGCUGUGUGCUCUCUCGCUGAGUUUUCCCACUUCAAUCUUAAUUUAUGUCCAUCUGCCAAUCUAAUUUUUUUUUUUCAGUCAUUUUCUUUCUGUGACUCCCAGCACAAUUAUGUGCAGUUAUGUUAUAAGGGACUUGUGCAAUACGAAGCAUUGCCUCUUUGGAGAAUUGCUUUUCAUUUAUGAUCCUGCCUUAGACAUAUGGAUAUGAUACAGUGUCUCAGUAGUGUUUUACUGUUAAAUCAGUAUUGUAGUGUGCAGCAUUGGGAUUCUUUCCCAGUUCCCUGCCUAUAUGGAUUGAGUAGGAUGUGCACUUAUUUCCUUAAACUUGGUUGUUUAAUUUGGCCAGAAAAUGAAUAAAGGUUAGUAGAGUUAAAAAAAAAAAUUCUCUUGAUACCAGUUGAACUAUUGUGUGCAGGUAGUAGACUCUAUAAACAUCAUCGUGUACAGUUAUGGUGCCAUGUAUUGCUUUUUACAAUGGCAGACAGAUUGAAAUAUGAACGUUUAUUUAAAGUGAGAUGCAUCAAAUCAACAUUUCAGUGUUCCUGAGCUAAAGUGUCUUGUGUAUCAGCUACUUUAAGACCUCAUUCUGCUGUUCUGAUGUUCUCUGUAUCAACAGCAGGAGAACUGUAGUCUGUGUAGACAGCAAGAUCAUUUAACAUAAGCCACAAUAGGUGCAUUUAAUAUAUCAUUAAAAAUAGAAUAUAUUUUUUCUGCUUGCACUACUAACUAGUUCAUGGUUUGUUUUGACAGGAAUUUUGUUUUUUAAAAUUCACACAAGGUUUAUGUACUUACUGCUUGUUUACACUU